UUUACCAAGUGAGAAGAUUCAGCGCUGGCAACAAGAGAGAGAGAGAAAGGGAGGCAGUUCACACAACUUUGUUUAUUCUACUCAGCCGGGACCAGAACUAGGCAGAGUGACAAAUCAAGACAUUGGAGCAGUGGAAAAACGGAGCUACGCAGAAACUCUCCCACUGUCUGUCUAACGGACAGACACAGAUUGAAGGGAGUCCAACUAAGCCAAAACAGAAUAGGCUAUGGCUCCUAAAUCUAUUUGCUACCUCUGCCUUUUAGGCAUUCUCACCGGGAUUGCCUCUUUAUCGUCUGCUGUCAGAUUUGGAACAAAGCAACAGACAUCAUUGAAAGUGUGUGCUAAGGGAUUUUUCCUUAGUGAACAAAACAAAUGCUUGCCUUGUAACUGCAAAGGCCAUGCGGAUCACUGUGAGGACAUCACGGGAAUUUGCCAUAAUUGCAGCGAUCACAGCGUGGGUGAUUUCUGUGAAAUGUGCGAAGAUGGUUAUAUGCUAGCACCUAGCCAGGUUGGACGCCAUAUCUGCAAACUCUGCGCCUGCCCUCUCUCUGUUCCCUCAAAUAAUUUUGCAGUCCAUUGUGACAGGCAAGGUAACAUUCAAAGAUGCAAGUGCAAAGAGGGUUAUGCUGGACAUAUCUGUGAGAGAUGUGCACCGGGUUACUAUGGCAUGCCAAUGAAAAUUGGUGGUUCCUGCAAGCGAUGUGACUGUAAUGGCAACUCUGACCCAAACCUGAUUUUUAAUUGGUGCCACAAUGUAACCGGCCAUUGCCAGCACUGCUGGAGUAACACCGCUGGGCCGAAUUGCGAGAGGUGUGCUCAAGGUUUCUACGGCGAUGCCAUCGGUGCCAAGGACUGCAGAGAGUGUGAGUGCAACAAAUGUGGUACAUCCUCAUGUGAUGACAGGACAGGAGUGUGUCACUGUAAACCAGGGGUCACUGGGAGACUUUGUGACCGCUGUGAGGAGGGUUACUCGGGUUUCUCCAGCUGCCAAGGCUGUCAGAGAUGUGAAUGCAGGCCAGCUUCUCUCCGUCCCACCUGCCAUUCCCUCACUCACAGCUGUCUGUGCCGCCCGGGCGCUGGAGGACGUUACUGUGAGAGGUGUCUUCCAGGCUUUUGGGAUUAUAGCCCCUCUGGCUGCAAGAAGUGUGACUGUGAGAGCAGUCACUGUGAUAUGCACACAGGAGAGUGCCUACCAGAGCCCGCAACAGUUAACCUAUGCAAUAUCAGUUGCGAUGAAUGUAUCUGGCAUGUUAUUGGAGACUUGCGGCUGUCCAACAAAACACUAGACCAUUUGAGGGUUGGGGUGUUGAACGUUUCUACUGGGGCUGCGGUUAAUGACAGAGUCAAAUAUUAUAACUACACAGCUCAACACCUGCAGAAUCAGUUUCAUACCUGGAGAAACAAACUGUCUGAAAUAAAAACAGAGACUGGGGAAGUGGAAGAGUCAACACGGGAGGUCGUAUCGGACAUAAAAAAACUUAGUAAAUCGGAAAGCACAGUGAAGAGUCUGGGGAGCCAACUUGAUGAGGAAACACAGCAAACUCUAAUGCUAGCUAAACAGUUCAGCAAAAAUCUCACUGACCUUAAUAUGCGCAUUGAAGAAAUGAUUCAUGAAUGGGAGCUGUACAGUGUUUACCAGGAAGCGGACCCCGAGUUGGUCAGGAGAAACACAGAUGAAGCGAUAAGUGUUGUGAGCAGAAUGAGGAAUCUUGAUUUGUCUACACAAGGGCCUUUAACCAUUGAAGAGUCAACUGAAGCUCAUGAUUUAUUAAGGCGUAUUCGUCAGUUGGAGAAGAAGUCACUGAUUACGCAAGGUCAUCUCACCCCGCUCAAGUCGAAUUUGUCUCGCUUUACGGCCAACCUGUCCGACGCGCAGUCCUUCCUCCAGAAUGCAACUGGUACAAUUGAGAAGGCGCGGGAUAUGAACAACGGCAAUGUCCUCGAAUUCCAGAGGAAUGAGGAAACGCUGCUGAAGAUGGCAACAGAGUUCACAGCUAUUCAGAACAGUACGGAAAAUGCCAGAGAGAUAAUAUCUAAAUCACAAAAGAAUGUGGAUGAGAUGGAUAUGUUGGUCCAGAAUGUAACACAGUACCAUGCUGCAAUUGAUGGUGCCAGCCAAAAGCUGAUGGAAAAGAUGGGAGACCUCUCAUCUGCUGACACAGAAUUGGUUGGAAGGGCAGAUGAGCAUGCUGAAGAGCUUGAACGACAGGCCACCGAACUGGAAGAGGACCUGCAAGAUAGUGAUACCAACGGAUUUGUGCAGAAAGCCAUAACUGCUGCCAAUGUCUACAUCAAUAUAGCUAAAUACAUCAACGACGCCAAUAUCACAUCACUUACGACCUUGAAUAUAUCCCAAACAGCAAAUGACUCCGUCACUGGGAUCAACAUGCAGCUUGAUGAUCUAGUGGUAAAAUGCGACAAUGUUUUCAAGGAGUCUGUUUCAUUGCAUUCCGAACAAAUAGAGAUAGAAGCCGAGGUGGUCGAUAAGCUGAAAUACAUUGAGGAGGCAAGAGAGACCUUGGAUAAAAACACCAAAAAACUUGAAGAAAUUGUGCAGGAUAUUUCUGAAAUUCAAACAGCCAGAACUAACGAGCGACUGGAGUAUGCACUCAAGGUGGCUCAGGGAACUCUCAACCGAUCAGCAGGAGUGCUCGAGACAAUUACGCCCAUCAGUAACAAAGUUGAGGAAUGGGCUAAGAAUCUGAACGAAAAUAAAUACUCUACAGUUGCCUAUGAGCAAGCCAUUGAUUCUGCAAAGGAAUCAGUGGAUCACCUCCAUUUUCUUGUUCCUGAACUUUUGGAUAAGCUUAAGGUGGUUGAGCAGAAGAAGCCUAUCAAUAACAUAACUGCUAAUGUCAUGAGAAUCAGAGAACUCAUCGCCCAAGCCAGAAGUGUGGCAAAGAAGGUUCAAGUGUCUAUGAAGUUCAAUGGUCAGUCAUCAGUGGAGAUUCAUGCUGAUACCAGUUUGGAAGAUCUGAGGGCAGUGACGUCCAUCAGCUUAUAUAUGAGAGUUGACCCAGACACAGACCCAAUAGAGGACCGUUUCAUUUUAUAUCUGGGAGACAAAAAGGGUAAGAAAGACUACAUGGGACUUGCCAUCAAGAAUGACAACCUUGUGUACAUGUAUAAACUGGUGGUUGAAUACAUUGAGACCCUGAGCUCAAAACCUGUCAGCCAAUGGCCUGCUGUAUUCAACUACAUCAAAGUAGAGAGGCUGGGUCGACAUGGGAAAAUCUACCUAGUAAUCCCCAGUCAGAGAUCCACAGAUGAAACAGAGUUCAUUCAGAAAGGCAGAAGCUCCGGGAACGGACUCACUUUUUGUGACGUUGACCCAACAGACACAGUGUUCUUUAUUGGGGGUGUCCCACCGAAUGCAACGGUAUUUCCUUCUCCCCACCACUUGACUCUGGCUCCCUUUGUGGGCUGCAUCGAGUUGGCUCGCUGAACAAGGAUGUGAUCAGUUUAUAAUAAUUUCAAAAGCACUCACAAAAUGGACGUGGUUGCAUCACCACCAUGUUCCAGGUAUUUUUUUCAGUUUAUACAAACUGGCUUUUCACAGAGCCGCUAUUGCAAGCUAUUUAUUGACGGAAAGGGGCUAUGCACUGAUCAUAACAUAGAACGGAGGGGGAAGUUUGGUUACGUCACAAGAUUUGAUAUUUCAUUGCGAACUGUCGCAAACAAUGGCGUGCUUUCCAUCAUGGGUCAAUGCGGAUAAAUAUUUCCUUUUAGAAUAAAAAAUGGAUUUUUACGUCUAAUGUAUGAUUUUGGAUUCAAUGAUGGGCCAAAACUUUUGGAGGAUAAUAUACCAAAGCUAAAAAUAAAUGAUGCAAGAUACACGAGGUACAUCUCAGUGAUCUAUCAUCAGUCAAAGAAAAUUAUCCUUCUGGUGGACAAGAGUCAUGUUAAAUCUUUGGAGAAUCCAAAAACUACUUUGCCAUUCUCAGACAUCUACAUAGGUGGAGCACCCUCAAACAUUCUCCUAUCUAGGUCCGAGCUAUCUGCUGUGGUUGGCCUCAAAGGCUGUGUCAAAGGCUUCCUAUUCCAGAAAAAAGACUUUAACCUCUUAGAGGAGCCUGGCACCAUUGGCAUCAGUAGUGGCUGCCCCGAGGAAUCCUUUGCAUCUCAUAAAGCCUAUUUCAUGGGCGAGAGCUAUUUGGGAUCUUCAGCAAAGAUGACACCAUUCGACAAUUUUGAAGGAGGCCUCAACUUUAGAACCGUUCAAGCCAGUGGAUUAUUAUUCUAUCACAAUGAAGGGCCGGACGAAUUCAGCAUUUCCCUUGAGAACGGAGCAGUGGUGAUGAACACUCGUGGAACAAGAGUAAAAUCACAUAAGAAACACUACAAUGAUGGAAAUACACACUUUUUAUUGGCCUCGGUGAAUAAUCACAAGUAUUUAUUAUUGGUGGACGAUAAAGACAAGCAGGAGAAGAAACGGCCACAAUCAGCCACAAGACUCACUUCUGAUUCGACAGUAAAGAACUUCUACUUUGGGGGAUCACCAAGUGGUAUCUUAAAGAACUUUACAGGCUGCAUUACUUAUGCCUACAUAAACAGGCAAGACCGAGAUAUUGAGCCGGAAGACUUCCAGCGCUACACCGAGAAUGUCCAAACUUUCCUGCAAGACUGUCCAGUGCAAAAGCCACCUGCUGAUUUUUCACCGAGAAACAGGGAUGACGAUUAUAUAGCCAAACGUAGGCAGUCUCGUAAGGUUAACAGGGAUGAAUCCAUCCACAAAUUAAGAAGUGACAGUGAAGUGAGCAUUGCUCCCUGCCAUCUUGCAAGUCACCAAGCAACACAACAUGCCUACCAAUAUGGGAGCUUUGCAAACAGUAGGCAGCACUACAAAGAGCUCCCCAAAUCCUUUUCUCAUAAGUCCAACUUUUCCUUAUCCCUAAAGACCAACACAUCAUUUGGCCUCAUUUUUUAUAUAUCUGACAUCCAAGAGAAAAAUUUUAUGACUCUCUUUCUGGCCAAUGGUAGACUUGUAUACGCCUUCAAUGUAGGUAAUCAGCGAGUGGAAAUCUGGAGCAACGGAAAUUGCAAUGAUGGAGCAUGGCAUAAUGUGAUUUUCAUACGUAAUGGAAAUAUGGGAAAAUUGAUCAUCGAUGGGCUCACAGUGAUGGAGGACAGAGUUAUGGGCAAAGUUGUGCCCUGGCAUGUCAGCAGUCCUCUCUAUUUUGGAGGCGUACCUCCAAAGCGAGCACAAAAAAAUAUUCAGAGUAACUCAGUAAACAGCUUUUCUGGCUGUUUGAGAAAUAUUCAGCUCAAUGGACACCGGUUGUCAUCAGCGGAUGAAACAUUUGGGGUCACGCCAUGUUUUGAGGGACCUACUGAGGCAGGAACAUUCUUUGCAGAGCAAGGAGGCUUCAUACUUUUGGACAUACUUGACUUGGGACCUAGAUUUCAGCUAGAAAUGGAGGUGCGACCCCGUGUGACAUCAGGUGUACUUCUCCAUGUGCCCAUAGCAGAGGGUUAUUUUUCAAUAUACAUUAAUCAAGGAGCAGUCGUAGCUGUUUUGAUUGAUGGGACGGAGGAAUUAUUGGCAACAGUUUCUCCAAGACAGUCUCUGUGUGCUGGCCACUGGCAUAGAAUUGCAGUGAUGAAAGAUAUGAACAAACUGAAGUUGCAAGUAGACCAAGAGGUCCACAGUGUGGAUGGGUCUCUUCAUCUUCAUUCUCCAAUCACCGGGAAGAUUUUUAUUGGUGGAGCCCCAGAUCUCUCCCUUGCAGGCAGCCAUGUAAGCAAGGAGCCUUAUGUAGGUUGUAUGAGGAACCUGAUGAUCAACAACAGUGGUGUAAGCUUCAGUGACGCAUCUCUCGUCAGUGGAGCGGUCAGCAUAGGAUCCUGUCCGGCUGUGAAUCAACAGUAAAAAAUUUCCAACUGCCAUAUUAAUAACAAGAAUGAGGAAAAAUAUAACAACUUAAGCUUUUGUUACAACCACACUAAUGCCAUUAAUCAAACUGAAACACUCAAAGUAUACAUUUGGAACAUAGCGUCCAAUUUCACACGGUAUACUAACCUUGCUAACUAACAAUGCAUUAUGUUUCCUAUCUUGUAUAAAUGGCACUGUUUGGGCAACACAAUUUUGUUUGUAUUAAAUGUGUUGAAAAAU